AUGGGUGGCGGUGACCUAAAUUUGAAGAAGUCCUGGCAUCCGUCGCUCAAGCGCAACCAGGAGCGCGUAUGGCAGGAAGAACAGCGUGCGCUGGAGGAGCGCAAGCGCAUCGAGCAAGUUCGACGUGAGCGCGAAGAGGAACGUCAAAUCGAAGAGCUUCAGCGCCUCCAAGAAGCCUCCGGCAAGCCGAAACAGCAGAACCGAGUCGACUGGAUGUACCAAGCGCCCAACAGUGAAUCGGGUGGUCAUGUCUCUGAAGAAAUGGAAGGAUAUUUGCUGGGAAAGCGACGAAUCGACGGCAUUCUACUGAAAAAGGACAACGACGCCCAGAAACUCGAGAAGGGCGCCGAUUUUGUUGGACAUGCCGCCGUGACUGCAGGCCCUCCCGUUGGAUCAUCCCGGGAUACAAUGACCAAGGUUAUGGCAGACCCGCUGCUGAUGAUCAAGAAAAAGGAGCAAGAAGCGCGCGAAGCAGCGAUCAAGGCAGCUAUCCGAAACAAGGAACAGGAAGAAAAGCACUCUCGCCGUCAUGAUCGUGAUCGGGGCCGCGAGAGAGACUACCGUCAUCGUGAUCGAGAUCAUGACUCCAAGCGCCGCCGCUACAGCGAUGAUGCAGAAGAUGAACGCCGUCACCGUUCCCACCGCCGCUCUCACCGACACCGAUCCCGAUCUGCUUCCCCCGGUCGAUCUUCUCGCAAGCACCGCAGCGACCGCGACCGAGACCACAAGGAUGAUCGUGACCGUCGAGACGGUGAGACGAGAUUACGCCGAGACGACCGCGACCGAAACCGCGAGGAUAAUCGUGACCGUCGAGAUGAUGAGACGAGAUCACGCCGAGACGACCGCGACGGGGACCGAAGCCGUGAUCGCAGAUACUAUCGUGGGAGAGAUUCUCACAGCAGCCGCCACCGGGACCGAGACGACAAGCGUGAAAGCGAACGUGCCAGAUCUCCGCGACGAUCCCCUCCUCGUCGAGACUCUCCACCCUCGCGUUCUACUGAAGACCGCGACCGCCGCGAUUCUGAUGGUAAGGAGAGCGACCGCCGCCCCCGAGAAUACAACAACAAUCGGAGUGGCUAUCAUGACCGGGACCAUGCUCCUUCCUCUCGUCCUGCACCGACCAAGAUUGACCCCAAGGAAGCCGAACGCAAGCUGGCCGAGAUGCAGUCCAAUGCCAAGGAACUCGAAGCUGAUCGGCUCAAGCGCCUUGCCGCAAUCGAUGCCAAGGAAGAGGAGCAGCGCAAAGCAGAUGACAGCCAGCGUUCGGACCGUGGACGGUUCAUGUCCCAGGUUCACAAGCGCGCGGGCGAGGACAGCCUUGACGAGCGUAUUCGGCGCGGUCGUGGCGGAUUGUCCAAGCUGGACGAGGAUUGA